CCUGCCUGUUGCCUAAGGACCGGGACUUGCUGACCCUGGCUUCUUUCCUCCCUGGGCAAGCGACUUCUGCGUCAGGAUGGACAGACACAUCCUGUUGGUCUUGUUCCUCUUCUGCUGCUUUGCGGCAGGGACAGCGCUCAAGUGCAUAACCUGCCACCUUCAACUGACCUCAGAUCGCUGUAGAAGUGGCUUUGGUGUUUGUGUUGCUAAGGAGGAAGAGAAGUGUAUGACUUUAAAGGUCUACAACUUCGGACACAAACACCUGCUGUCCUACAUGGUGUGCCAGAGGUUCUGCAGAGCCAUGAAGUUCCUGUACCACGGUCGGUAUUUCGUCUACGAGUGCUGCGACCAGAAUUACUGCAACUUCAAAGUGGGAGGUGCGUGCCAUCCCCAGGGCUCCCUCCAGAGUGUCACUGACGCUUCUCCUGCUUGGCCCACUGCCUGCUCCUGGUCCCUGCCUGGCCCACCCUGGUAG